ACUCCAUUCGCCGCGAAGCUCGUCUUUAUCCUAGCGCUUAUUGCCGCCAUGGUUGGCUAUGUUCACUACAACGUAAAUCUGGACUAUUUGGGUUUUGUCUGCAUGGCCUACAACAUUCUGAACUUCGGUUCGCCCCUGGCUGGUCUGGUGAGUUUUUCUACACUUUAA